UGGACUCAUUGAAACAUUCUAAGUCGUACCCUCGAAAUAAAGUAUUGGCUCUCGUUUCUGCCUCACCCCCGAAACGCCUUUGGGAUAAUUUGAAAGAAAUGACGCCUGUGUUACCGCUCCUGGCAGCGCUAGCGAUGACGAUCCAUCGGUAUCGCUACCUUCCGCCACCUUCUCAGCUCCCUCCGGUAGAUCCGCCAUGGGUCAGAGACGACGGAUGAUGUUUCAGAAUUCACGCGAAGAUACGUUGUUUGACUAUACGAUAGGCAGACUGCUGGGCGAAGAGGCACUGAACAAGACCGAAGUGACCAAAGCGUUCUACCAGUCGGCAGCCAAUGUGUUUGUCGUGAUUGUGGGCAUCGUAGCGUUCGCACUUUAUCAGGUGUUCUCCGCAUUUCUCAGACCUCUCCUCUGGGCUGUGCUGUGCGGAGUAUUCUUGUUCCCGAUCAAGCAUUGCAGCACGCACGUCCUGAACACGAGGCUCCGGCUCAUGCAGAUCAACAACACACCACUGUGGCUGGGAAUAGUAGUGCUGCCGCUGCAUUUCCUGGCCUGGCUUCGUCGUACGUCGCAGGAUGUUUUGUAUCGUCAGUGGAAGGCCAUUGCAUGCAUGGCGGGCCUGCUGACAUGUGUUUACAUUCUCAACAACCUGCCAGUGUUCGCUGCUCUGCAACGCUCUAUUGAGGGUGUAGACACAGCAUCGCACUUCAUGGAGUUCGUCAGAGUUUACGGUUACAUAUAUCUGGUGUGGACGGUCAUUGCGGUGCUCAUUGUCUUCUGGUCGGGCCGGACACGGCACGUGAUGCGUCACCUGUCCUCCAUCGUCUGGUUCACAAUUCUGCUCUACCUUGCUACUUUGGUGCCAUCGUAUCGACUCUCACUCUUCAUCCUUGUGACAUCGUUGUGUCUUCUGGGUGCACUAGCUGGACAGCCUGAGGAGCAUGAUGAUGAAGAUCAAGAGGAAGAACAGGCUUCCGACAUGCUGCUGUCAUCACUGUCGCAUGACGAAACUGAUGCACGACCCGUGCCCCCAUCCUCUCCAGGACGCGACUCUCCCACCAGCUACGAACUGCGUCGCUCGUGGAGCAACCGUGCCCAUCGCAAGCGCAGUGUAUUCCAGGAGUUCAUUGGUCCUGAGUUGGAACACAGCGGUGUCUACUUUUACGCCGUUGUAUGGUGCUGCCUUGCUCUCAUGCUCUAUAAGUUCCCGUGGCUGCUGUGCUUGCUGCUCAUCCCUGCCACGUUGAUUGUGGUACGGCUCAUCCUGGAGCGAUUCAGCAUUGUUGACACCACCCGCCAGCUGCUUUCCAGACCCCAGCACUUGAUCGGUACAUGGAUACACUCGCGUCGAGAUGCGCUCAUGCCUCCACCAAUGCGCGCUAUCCUCAGAUUUAUCAGCCAAGCAGACAAGAAGAUAGUCAGUGGUCUGCUGUCGACAACGGACAAGUUUGUGUCCUUGCUGUUGAUCCUAGUGUUGUGUGUGACCACUCUCCUGAUGGCAUUCUUCUUGGCUGUUCAGGUACAAAGUGAGAGUGGCCACAUCAUUCGACAAAGCACCACUCUUGGACAGCACGUCAUUGAGAUGUAUCCAGAGUUGAGAAGUAUGUGGCAGGGUGAAGGCAAUGUCACGGGUAUGUUACAAAGCAUGAAGGAACAAGCACAUCAGCAAGGUCGAAAUUGGAUACGCACCGGGGUCAGAUCUGUGGUAACCAGCGAUAACAAUGAUAUCGAGGAUCAGCUAAUGCUUGCCUGGGAUCAGCUUGUGCGACUAUGGACUAAUGAAAGUGUGGUUGUGUGUAGCAAUGUGAGUGGACUGAGUGCCAGUGAAGUGUCUUCUCAGAUCAACAUGACAUCAGUAUUUACUACCGUCAGUAGCAAUAUGGGCACAUUGCAUACGCUACUUGACUCGGCGUGGGUGGUUGUCAAGGGCAACGCUAAACUACUGAUGGGCGUGGUGACGGCAAUACUCUCCGUCUUGCUGGACAGCAGCACAGCUCUGUUAAACCUUGCUGUGAAUGUUGUGAUAUUCCUGACUUCACUGAUGUAUUUGCUGGCUGCAUCUGACCGUCAGUACAUACCACUGACAUGGCUGACUAGUCUAAUGCCUCCGGAGGCUGGUGCAAAGUCACAAGCAGUUACCUCAGUAUCCAAUGCAGUUCAUAAGACGUCUCUGCGAAGCAGCUACAUCAUCUGGUUGCGGCGUCAACAAAAACACUGGUCGGAAGAUCCACUUUUCUGAGGUACUGUAUGUGGGGCUCCGUUUAUUGAGGUGCGUUGAAAUUUAUUCACUUUUUCUUAUUAUUUCUUUUCUAUAAUUUCCCCAUAUGAGUUCCUAUCAGUUGCUGUGAACACCUUGAGUGGAGAGCGCUUGCUCGAGCGUUGAACCGGGUUCUUAAUCCACCAUACCCAGUUCGCAAGGCUGGGCGGGGUUGUGAGCAGGCUUUCAUUUCAUCUUUUCUUAUUAUUUCUUAUUAUUUCUGCUUUUCAUCUCAUUACAAAAAUUCUGCGCUUUUUCUCCAUCUGCGCAUAAAAUCUAGACUGACAACCUGCUUGUUAAAUCAUGCACCUGCUUUCAGGCGUAAAAACCCUGUUGUAGAGGUCUCAGUCCUCAUUUGUUAGACUUACCUGUCUUUAUAAAUGUAACUUUCUCUCUCUCUCUCUCUCUCUCUCUCUCUCUCUCUCUCUCUCUCUCUCUCUCUCUCUCUCUCUCUCUCUCUCUCUCUCUCUCUCUCUCUCUCUCUCUCUCUCUCUCUCUCUCUCUCUCUCUCUCUCUAUCUAGUACAGACAUUCUAGUAACACGACGUACCCUGGCUGUCAUCAAGAGUACAUUACCCCCUCUAGAGUGUGCACUACUCCAGUCUAUGGGGUCUGCAAUAGAAGUACUUCACAUCAUCUGACAACACAUACACACUGCUUGCAAAAUACCUACAGUUUUUUUAUGCAGGCCUGCUUUGCGUAUGACUCUUUGGUGAUGACUUUGCACUGUUUGCCAGUGUACAAGCUCAUACCCUAGUUUCAUUUGAUGUGAAACUCUGCGACCCCAGCACUAGAUAGAAAUGCACAAUCUUUGAAGGUAUGUAGUGUUACUGUCCGUCUUACAAUGGGGAUAUGUGCUGAAUACAGUUUUGCUGUGUGUGUGUGUGUGUGUAUGUAUGUGUGUGUGUGUGUGUGUGUGUAUGUAUGUGUGUGUGUGUGUGUGUGUGUGUGUGUGUGUGUGUGUGUGUAGAAAAAAAGAAAGAAAAAAAAUGGAAAAAUGAAAAAUAGGGAUUCACUGGCCAGAAAAAGUCACUUCAAACAGCUGUGUGGUGGAUACCAGGCUAAAAAUAGUGGCGGUCAAUUCAUCAGCCUUGCAAGCUGUUGAAUGGUGUAAUCCCAGCACAAGUUGCCAUGUCUAACAUAGCUGUUCGCUAUCAUCGCUUCCGCGAUGGGCAUGUCUGAGGUCUGAGGUCUGAGGUGUGUGUGUGUGUCCCUGUGUGUGUGUGUGUCCCUUUGGGGAGCGGCGUGGCCAUUUCUGGCAGCUGUCAAUAGUAGUAGUAGUAGUGUGUGUGUGUGUGUGUGUGUGUGUGUGUGUGUGUGUGUGUGUGUGUGUGUGUGUUUGCGCAUGCGUGUGUGGGCGUGCCUUCCUGCAUGUGUGCAUGCGUGUGUCUUCUAAUCGCGUGUGUGUAUGUGAACUCUUGGGUCCUGUGUUUGUUCACGGGAGUAUUUGGUGCAUCUCUAAAGAUGAUAACAUUCUACGGACUGUUUACAUUCUUCACACAUACUCUGUUUGGAUUUGAAGUGGUCUUUACCCCGGCAGUAAUCUCAGCUUUGUUUGCCGCCAUACCUCUACUAGGCAGCUACUGGGUAGCACUGCCCGCAUCACUCUACCUGGCUGUUGCGCAACAGUCCUGGAUCAAAGCAUCACUGCUGUUCGGCCUGCACUUUCUCUGCUACAAUGUUGUCGACGUGGCCAUAUACUCUGAGAUCAAAGGUGGUGGACAUCCAUACCUGACCGGCUUGGCUGUGGCCGGGGGUAUGUACAUAUUUGGACUGGAAGGCGCAGUCAUCGGCCCUAUCAUCCUGUGCUGUGGCCUGGCAGCCAUGGACAUCUACCGCACCAUGCUCAAUGCUAGUAUUCAGAAAACCUAGCCACAGUUAUCAGCAGCAGCAUCAGCACCAUCACCAGCCACACAUCUUUACAGGUCAAUCUUCCUGUUUGUUGUUGUGGAUCCAUGUUUCAUGUUGGAACGGAAAAUGUUAUCUCAAUUCCGUAUUUGCUGCGAAUGGUGUCCAAUUCUUGAAAGUUAUUUAUUGAGAUCAUGAUACUUCAAUUCUGGAAAAGAAGUUUGACGGAAUUUAAGUAUCAGCGCAUCUUGGCUGGCUCUCUUUCGUAUUUCUUUGAGCCUGAUUGCGAGUGAUCUGUUUGUAUUCAAUGCCUGCACAUUCCCUAGCAGUGUCGUGUAGUGUGAUAUUAAAUUGGUACUGGAGACCAAGGUAAAACAUAGAUCACAGUCGUAUAGUUGUAUCACAACAGGCUACUACGGUCAUCAGUUGUCUAAGGUGUGCACCUAGUCAGAUCAAGCAUUGAUUAUUCGCUUACACUUUGGACAGCAAAUCCGCCCAUUCUCUUGCUCCUUGAUUUCCACUUCUUGAUAAGCCCUUUCUUGAACCAUGAAAUGUAUUUCUGUUAACAUUCCGCAACUGUUUGCAUGAGUUACUUCGGCUUCACUCUACACCGUAUUUUAGUUAUAAUAAUAAUAUUAUGUAGCAUGUGUGGAUCUACUCACCUUCCGCUGAUUAAGGAGAGCUGCAUCUGCACCUUGAUCCUUGAGGUGGUGGCGUUCCCACGGAUACGGAGAACUCUGUCUGACUGGCAAAUCGCGCGACUCCGUGACAUUUA